UUUGUUAUCCUAUUAUUUAUGUUAUGUUAUGUUAAUCAUCUACGCUCAGCUCUACUCAUCAUGACGAUCAAGCUCACGAUCGAAGCAAAAGAUAUUUUGAGCGUGCUCAACCGUGAGCGACAGCAAGAGCGAGAGCGUGAGUGCAUGGUGUGAACCAGUCGCGGUCAGGUAGCUAGCUAGCUCUUCCUAUGCGCGGGACGUGUGGAUUGAUGCUCUGCUUGUUAACAACGAUGAGUGAAAGCAACAGGAAACAAUGGGACAACUCGAAAGAUGAAAUGCUCAUCGAAGCUGUAAAGUCGAAACCCGAAUUGUAUGACCUGGCAUCACCCCUCUACAGCAAUGUUAAUAUUAAAAGAAAAUCCUGGGGCGAAGUUAACAGACAAUUGGGUUGUGAAGGGUGCAAAGAGCGCUGGGAAUCUCUACGCUCGCAAUUUCGGAAAAUAAUGGGUAAGUGCACCAAGAGCGGGCAAGGCGCAAGCAAGUACAACAGUUAAAUGGAAAUAUGAAGAGCAAAUGGGAUUUCUUCGCUCUCUCUCGAAGGACAGGACGCGAAUAUGUUCUACACCAGCAAAAGAGGUUGAUAUGUAUGAAACACCUGUAGAUGAAAUUGAGAAGGUCGGUGAUAUAAGUGAAGGUUAUGAUGUGCAAGAUUCAGAAAAGUCACCAAUUGACACGAUUGCUGGAAAACCAGCAACUUCAGAUACAGCGUUUCCUACACCUCGUCCGCGGAAGCGAAAACAGCAAGCAACAAGUAGUGCUUCGGCACAAUUGAUGAGUUACAUCCUUGAAAAUAAGCAAUCUACUUCGUCAGACUCGCUUGACACAUUUUUUCAGUCCAUGCUAUCAACUGUAAAAAAAUUUAACAGCAACGAUCAACUGAUGGUGAAAAAGAAAAUUUUCGAAAUAGUCACUGAUGUUGAAGGUCGAUAUAUUUCUCAACAACACACCCCUUCGGUGUCCCCUACUCUCUCAUGGAACUCUUCCAUUGAAAACACUACAUUUAUGGCACAGGGUAAUUUGAAUGCGGAAUCUUCUUCAUGUUGCACCCCCCACUCAGUGUCUGUCCCCUG